AGGAAAGAAAAGGUAAGGUAUGUAACAGAAGGCAUCCUUUUCUUUCCUUACAGUUUGCAAAGUUUGAAUAUUAAGCAACCUACUCUCUCAGCUUCCUUUUAAGAGAUAUCCCUCCUUCCUUGCUUUCUUCUAAUUUCAAGCUUCAAAUAUUCCCUUUGAAUUUGAUAGAGAAACCAAACUGGAUGGUCCCAUUUAUAAAAGCUCAAACUCUUUUUCUUUCUUCCUUUUUGUUACAUUUUUCUUGUGGAGACUUAUAAUGUGGCAAAAUCAGCCCAGCAAUUCGUCUUUCAGUGAUUCUGUCAAGGCUCUCCAAGAUGAUAUACAACAUGCUAAUACCCUGGCAUCAGCACUUCCUCGAGAUUAUGAUGGGAACUAUUUUCAGAUGAAAUUAUCUUACAGCCCCUUUGCUCCUAUUUUUUUGUUCUUGAGUGAAUGGUUGGAUUUUAGUUGUACAGACACUUUGCCCAUGUAUUUGGGCUUACUCCACAUACUUAUUUUCAAUGUAUACGCUGAUGGAAUGCCAUCUAUUUCCUCAAAAGAAAGGAAAGCAACUAUAAAGGAAUUUUAUGCUGUCAUAUACCCUUCAUUAAGGUUACUUCAAGGCGAGUUUAAUAAUGAUCAAAGAAACAGUUGUGUAGAAGUGAGCAGAAAGAGGCUUGCAAAGGUUCUCAAUAAAGAUCUAGAGGGAGAUGAAGAAUGUGGCAUAUGCAUGGAAAACGGCAUGAAGAUGGUUCUGCCUAAUUGUGGACACUCUUUGUGCAUUAGCUGCUUCCAUGAUUGGUAUAUGAGAUCAGAAUCAUGCCCAUUUUGCCGUGGAAGCCUGAAGAGGAUCAGUCCUAAAGAUUUAUGGGUGGUAAUUGGCAACAGUGAUGUGGUUGACAGGAUUACCAUUGCAAAGGAGAAUUUAAGACGUCUCUACCAUUACAUUGAAACUCUGCCUUCAAUUAUAUCGGAUGCACAUGCAUAUACAUUCAAUCACAUGCUAUAACUCGAAGAAAAAAAAGUGUUAAAUGUUAAUUAUAACUAUUAUGCAAUUGAAAGAAUACAAUUAUACAAAUACAAAUCUGGUUUUCCUGUGUGAGUA